AUGGGCUGCCCGAGCUGCGCUCCGACGCUGCUGCUCCUGCUGCUCUCGUGCCCUUGUGCCGCCUCGCCGGGCUCCAGCGCCGGGAACGUCCCCGACGGCGCCUCCACCCUCGCCUUCGUCUUCGACGUGACCGGCUCCAUGUACGACGACCUGGUGCAGGUCAUCGAGGGCGCGUCGAAGAUUCUGGAUACCUCCCUGAGGAGACCCAAGCGGCCGCUCCACAACUUCGCGCUGGUGCCCUUCCACGACCCGGAAAUUGGUCCAGUGACGAUAACCACUGAUCCCAAGAAAUUUCAGUAUGAACUCAGGGAACUUUAUGUUCAGGGUGGUGGUGACUGUCCAGAGAUGAGCAUUGGAGCAAUUAAAAUUGCCCUGGAAAUCUCUCUUCCGGGUUCUUUCAUCUACGUGUUUACUGAUGCUCGCUCCAAAGAUUACAGGCUAACCCAUGAGGUACUUCAGCUCAUUCAGCAGAAACAAUCACAGGUAGUGUUUGUGCUGACUGGAGACUGUGAUGACAGGGAACACAUUGGUUAUAAGGUCUAUGAAGAAAUUGCCUCGACAAGCUCUGGUCAAGUUUUUCAUUUGGACAAAAAGCAAGUUAAUGAGGUGUUGAAAUGGGUUGAAGAAGCAGUUCAAGCCUCCAAGGUGCAUCUCUUGUCUACAGACCACUUGAGCAUGGCUGUGAAUACUUGGCAGAUCCCUUUUGAUCCCAGUCUCAAAGAGGUUACAGUGUCCUUGAGUGGCCCUUCACCAGCCAUUGAAAUUCGUGACCCGUUAGGCAAGCAGAUCAGCAAAGGAUCUGGACUGAAUGAAUUGCUAAAUAUCCACAACUCUGCUAAGGUAGUAAAUGUUAAAGAUCCAGAGCCUGGGACAUGGACAGUUAAGACAUCCAGCAGUGGAAGACACUCUGUUCGAAUCACAGGUCUCAGCACCAUUGAUUUUCGAGCGGGGUUUUCUAAGAAGCCAACCUUAGACUUUAAAAGAACGUCUAGCAGACCAGUGCAAGGGAUUCCUACCUUUGUGCUGCUGAAUACCACGGGGAUUGCUCUUCCAGCUAGAAUAGACCGACUGGAGCUUCUGAGUAUCACAGGGGAACUUCUCAAGACUUUACCAGUGAAAUACUAUCCUGACAGAAAGCCCUACGGACUAUGGAACAUUUCUGACUUUAUUCCACCAGAGGAAGCCUUUUUCGUCAAAAUAAUGGGCUAUGACAAGGAUGAUUAUCUUUUUCAGAGAAUUUCAAGUGUUUCAUUUUCUAGUAUUAUUCCUGAGGCUCCAAAAGUAACAAUGCCUGACAAAACUCCAGGAUAUUAUUUGCAGCCUGGGUCCAUUCCUUGUCAUGUAGAGAGUCUUAUACCUUUCACUCAACGUUUUAGUAAAAACGGAAUAAAACUAGGAGUGGAUCAGUUCUUCAAAACAGAUGAAUAA